AUGGAAAAAGAAACCGAGCCUCAGCAAUUGAUUCAUCAAACAGUAGAGUUUCGCAUCGGCGACCUCUCUUUCAAUAUAUCUACCGUUCGUCGAGAUGGACCUUUGAUUCCAAUUUUCUUCCUACAUGGCUUUGGAGGUACCAAAGAAGACUAUGUUGACAUUGCCCUCAAUCAUCUAUUCACUGGCCGGCCCUUCAUGGCCUACGACACGCCUGGGAGCGGAGAGUCGACGAUGUCCGAUCUAUCCCUGCUGUCAAUGCCCUUGCUCGUCUCGAUAGCAGAACGAGUGCUUGAGCAUUUCAACAUCACCCACUACCAUCUUGUCGGACACUCCAUGGGCGGUCUCGUUGCCAACCUACUAGCUCAACGGCAAGCAUCAGCGGUGCAGAGCUUUAUCAAUAUCAAAGGGAACCUUGCCCCAGAAGACUGUUUUCUGAGUCGACAGGUCAUCCACUACCCAUCCGAUGACCCAGAAGCAUUUGUUGAUGAGUUCCUGGAGCGAACACGACGGUCACCACUUUAUGGCAAUGGGCUAUAUGCAGCUUCUUUUCGUUCUAAAGUUCAAGCCUCUGUAGUUCGGCCUACGUUUGAGUCUAUGGUAGACUGCACGGACAACGGACGACUCUUGGAAGCCUUUGAGGAUUUUGACUUUCCAAGAAUGUAUAUGUUCGGAGAGCAAUAUGCUUCCUUAUCAUACUUGCCAAGAUUGGUAAAGGCGGGCGUGAAGCUGGCUGAGAUACCCCAUAGUGGUCACUUUGUUAUGUAUUCGAACCCUGUGGCGAUGUGGGAGCGAAUUGCCGAGUUCGUGAGCCUGGUAGAGGGUUUCCAUGUAGACAAGACUCUUAUUAUCUGA